ACGUCGGAACGCCACAUAGUCCCAGAAUCCUCUGCGCUGGCCGGCGAGAAGGUGACAGGGGACGGUGAAAAUGGCGUCCGCCUAUCUCACCCACCAGCAGAAAGUGUUGCGGCUUUACAAGAAAUCACUGAGACACCUCGAGUCAUGGUGCAUCUUUAGAGACAAAUACCGGUUCUAUGCCUGCAUGCUGCGGGCUCGCUUCGAUGAGAACAAGAAUGAGAAGGACAUGGUGAAGGCCACCAUGUUGCUGAAGGCGGGAGAGGAGGAGUUCUGGACCAACCAGCAUCCCCAGCCCUACAUCUUCCCCGACUCUCCUGGAGGGACCUCCUACGAGAGAUAUGAGUGCUACAAGGCCCCAGAGUGGCUCCUGGAACACUGGCACCCCUCGGAGAAGGCCAUGUACCCUGACUACUUUGCCAAGAGGGAGCAGUGGAAGAAACUGAGAAUGCAGAGCUGGGACAAAGAGGUCGCCCAGCUGGAGGCUGAGACUCCCCCCGGAGGCCCCAGGACUGAAGCCCUCCCUCCUGCUCGCAAGGAGGGCGACCUCCCUCCUCUGUGGUGGCAGUUCGUCACCCGCCCCAGGGAGCGCCCCACAUAAACACCCUCCACCUCCUGGGGAUGGUUAUCCACCCCACCCCAGUCUGAGGGGAAACUAUCCCAACCACACAACAGCAGCACGAAGACCAUCUGACCUCUUAGUGAAUGACCACCUGUGUGUAAAAGGAUGUUAUCAGAGUCAUGUCUGAGGAGAUUCACCUGCACAGGCUGCAGCCUGCCUGAAUCACAGUGACUCUUCAGUGGUCUGUUUUAGGUUGGUGACUUUGAAAAAUCCUGUAGAUGUAUUAAUACCUUUAACUGUUCCAAUAAAUGUGUAAUUGAAAUUAAA